UGACCUCCGUCAGGACUCUCAGAAUCACAGUUCUUGUGCAAGGGGUCUGGCCACCGUGGACAUGUUUGUGUCUGAUUUCCGAAAGGAGUUCUAUGAUCUGGUCCAGAGUCAGAGGGUCCUUCUCUUUGUGGCCUCAGACGUGGACGCUCUGUGUGCCUGCAAGAUCCUUCAGGCCUUGUUCCAGUGUGACCAUGUGCAGUAUACGCUAGUUCCAGUUUCUGGGUGGCAAGAACUUGAAACUGCAUUUCUUGAACACAAAGAACAGUUCCGUUACUUCAUCCUCAUAAAUUGUGGAGCUAAUGUAGACCUAUUGGAUAUCCUGCAACCCGAAGAAGAUGCCAUAUUCUUUGUGUGUGACACCCACAGGCCUGUCAAUGUUGUGAAUGUGUACAAUGACACCCAGAUCCAACUACUCAUCAAACAAGAUGAUGACCUGGAAGUUCCCGCCUAUGAUGACAUCUUUAGGGAUGAAGAGGAGGAUGAAGAACACUCAGGACAUGAAAGUGAUGGGUCAGAGCCCUUGGAGAAGCGCACACGGUUGGAAGAGGAAAUAGCCGAGCAAACCAUGAAGAGGAGGCAGCGAAGAGCAUGGGAGGCCCAGAGAAGAGAAAUUCUCUUUGACUAUGAGCAGUAUGAAUACCAUGGGACAUCAUCGGCCAUGGUGAUGUUCGACUUGGCGUGGAUGAUGUCCAAGGAUCUGAAUGACAUGCUGUGGUGGGCCAUCGUGGGACUGACGGACCAAUGGGUUCAAGACAAGAUCACCCAAAUGAAGUAUGUGACUGACGUUGGCAUCCUUCAGCGCCACGUGUCCCGGCACAACCACCGGCAUGAGGAUGAGGAGCACACCCUCUCUGUUGACUGCACGCGGAUCACCUUUGAGUAUGACCUCCAUCUGGCCCUGUACCAGCACUGGUCUCUCUACGACAGCCUUUGCAAUACGUGCUACACUGCCUCCAGGUUCAAGAUCUGGUCUGUGCAAGGCCAGAAGCGGCUCCAGGAGUUCCUGGCGGACAUGGGACUUCCGUUGAAACAAGUAAAGCAGAAGUUUCAGUCCAUGGAUGUUUCCUUGAAGGAGAAUUUGCGAGAAAUGAUUGAAGAAUCUGCAAAUAAAUUUGGGAUGAAGGACAUGCGUGUGCAGACUUUCAGCAUUCACUUCGGGUUCAAGCAUAAGUUCCUGGCCAGUGAUGUGGUCUUUGCCACGAUGUCACUGAUGGAGAGCAUUGAGAAGGUCAACACUGGGACUGACAACUUCACCCAGGCAUUGGACAGUCUCUCCAGAAGUAACCUAGACAAGCUCUACCACGGCCUAGAACUCGCCAAGAAGCAGCUCCGAGCCACCCAGCAGAUCAUCGCCAGUUGCCUGUGCACCAACCUGGUCAUCUCCCAGGGGCCUUUCCUCUACUGCUCCCUCAUGGAGGGCUCUCCAGAUGUCUUGCUCUUCUCCAAGCCAGUAUCCCUGAGCCUCCUCAGCAGACAGCUGCUCAAGUCUUUUGUGUGUUCGACCAAGAACCGGCGUUGCAAGCUGCUGCCCUUGGUUAUGGCUGCCCCCCUGAGUGUGGAACAAGGCACGGUGACCGUAGUGGGCAUUCCCCCGGAGACUGAUGACUCAGACAGAAAGAACUUCUUCGGGAGGGCAUUUGAGAAGGCUGCAGAGAGCACCAGCUCCCGGACGUUGCACAACCACUUUGACCUGUCUGUAAUUGAGCUGAAAGCAGAGGAUCGGAGCAAGUUCCUGGACGCACUUGUUUCUCUCCUCUCCUGAGA